UUUAUAUAUUCAUAGGCCCAUAUUUUGCCACAUUGUGUAAGAUUGGGCCGAAGCCCAUAUUAUGUAGCGUAACUUCGCUUUGAAUGAAAUCGGAGCGUAUCUGCUCAAUCCAACGGUCCAAAUCUCAGAACGCUCCAUCAAUGGAGUAACGUCUCCUCUCCCAACGGUCAAAUAAUCCUCAAGAAAUACUCACUCCCUCAUCAAUCACCAUUCUCAAUCCCUAGUUUCUCGCACAAAGAGAUCGAUUACUCUUACAAUGACUUCAACCGAGCAUACAGAGACGCUCAACGCUCCAGAACUUCAGAUCUGGAACAACGCUGCUUUCGACGACGGCGAUUCCAAUCUCACUUCCGCCAUCGAAGCUUCCUGGUCUAACCUCAACGCAUCGUUCGAUUCCGAUUGCAGCAAGGAGAAUCAGAUUCCUGUUUCGGUUUCCUCUUCGCUCAAAUCCUCGGUCUCGUUCUCCACCGAUGAUCCGAUUCGCUCCGGUAGAGUUAAAGAAAAGCCACACAAGACCGUGAAGGCGAGACACGGCGAUAUUGAUGCAGAGAUCGAGGAAGUAGAGAAGGAGAUGAACCGGUUAUCGAUCAGAUUGGAAUCGCUCCGGUUAGAGAAGGCGGAGCAGAUCGCAAGAAGCAUCGCGAUAAGAGGAAGAAUCGUCCCGGCGAAGUUCAUGGAGUCUCAGAAAGCGACGGUGAGGUUUGACACAGGAGCGAAACCAAGAACCACCCCACGUAGAGGCGUUAGCUUGGGUCCAGGGGAGAUAUACUCAGCUGCGAAGAAGUCGGAGACGACGGUGACUCCUCUUCAAUCAGCUCAGAAUCGGCGCAAGUCUUGUUUCUUCAAGCUUCCUGGGAUCGAGGAAGGGAAGAAGGCAAUGACGAAAGGUAGAGGACGAAGUCUGAGUCCUAGAUCUCGCAAAGCUAAGGUGACGGCGGCUGAGAAGCAAGCAGCGACGACUGGUGGGUCAAAGAGAGCGGUGAAGAAAGAGGAAAGUGUGUUAUCAUCGAUCCAGCCUAAGAAGCUAUUCAAAGAAGAGGAAAAGAGGAAGCCUUUGAAGCCAGGAAGAGUGGUGGCUAGCAGGUACAGUCUGAUGAGCAAGACGGCGGAGAAAGAUGCGAGGAAACGUUCGUUGCCGGAGAACGAGGAGAAGGAGAAUCACAGGUCGGAGAAGAGAAGAGCUUCUGAUGAGAAUAGGAAGAGUGAGGGGAGAGUGAAGAAGAGAUGGGAGAUUCCAAGUGAAGUUGAGGUGUAUUGCAGUGGUGUGAGUGAUGAGACUCCUUUAGGUAAAGAGCUGCCUAAGAUCAGAACGCUUCGUGGUCGUGUUGGGGAGAGCCCUCGUGACUCAGGGGCUGCUAAAAGAGUUUCCGAGUUGGAAAGCAAGAACCGUGAUUUCACGUUUUGCCAGCUUCUGAGGUUUGAAGAAUGAAUGAUCGAUUAGUCAUUUUGAGUUGAAAAAGUCCACAACUCUUGUUGUAGUGAUAUUAUUGUGAAUUUGGUUUGUUGUUUAAUGUCUAAAUACACAUAUUAAAGAUUUUGAGUUUUGUUGUCUUUUAUCUUCUGUAAUAUCAGAUCCCUGAAUAAUGAAUGAUUCUCAAAAAAGGUUUUUGCUU